CUCCACACCACCAUUUCUCCUCGACCCCAUGGUGUUGUUGUCGUCGUCCACAUUACUCUGCGGAAGUGCUAGCGCUAAGGCUUAGCGCUUGGCCGUGAGUUACUCCGAGCUCCGAGCUCCUCCGCACGCACAUCACGGGGCACGUUUCUCCCCGCGUCACCGACCUCCGAUUCACCACCGAUUCUCCAGCUCAUCUGGAGGUGUUGUUGUUGUGACGACGACUUCGACACGCACGUUCAGAGGUCGACGAGAUACUUAAGCCGCCACGAUGACCUCUUCGUUCUCAGCAAGCUUCUCCAGCUCCGGCACCACCUCCUCAGCCAUGUCGUACGACGAGAAGACCGCCCCGACACUCACCCACGACGGGAAGCACGUCGCCGUGCUCACCGAGAACAAGGACGACCUGGAAUCCCGCGCGACAAACGAUGACGCCAUCGGCGCCGUGUCGGACGCCAUUGCCGCCGAGAACGCAGAGAAGAACAUUGGCUUCUUCGCCGCCGUCAAGACGUACCACCGCGCCGUGCUCUGGUCGAUGGCGAUCUCGCUGUGCCUCGUGAUGGAGGGGUACGACACUGCGCUCCUUGGCGCGGCGAUCGCCACGCCCGCGUUCCGCAAGAAGUUCGGCUACUACGCCGGCCCAAGCAAGGGAUACCAGCUCAACCCGGCGUGGCAGGCCGCUCUGGGCCAAGGCCCGACGAUUGGCGCGUUCUGUGGUAUCUUCAUCGCGUCGUGGGCCCAGGACAGGUGGGGCUACCGCCGCACCAUCCAGGCCGGCCUCAUCGCCAUAACCAGCUUCAUUUUCGUGGUGUUCUUCGCGCCGAGGAUCGAGAUCUUCUUCCUGGGCGGGUUCCUUUGUGGCUUUCCUUGGGGCGCGUUCUCGUCUUCUGCUGUCGCCUACGCCAGUGAAAUCACGCCCAUCAAGCUGCGUGGAUACCUCACGACGUACGUCAACUUGUGCUGGAUUAUGGGGCAAUUCCUGUCUGCCGCGGUCGUGCUCGAAGUCACGAACGUCCGACAGGAUGAAUGGGCUUACAAGAUCCCCUUCGCCAUCCAGUGGGUCUGGCCGAUUCCAAUCUUCAUCCUCGUGACCCUCGCCCCCGAGUCGCCGUGGUUCCUCGUCCGCAAGGGCAGGUUGGACGACGCGGAGAAGUCUGUGGCGCGCCUCUCGUCCGGCACUGAGCGUGCCUCGCCAGCCGAGACUGUCGCGAUGAUGGUGCGCACCAACGACAUCGAGAAGAGCCAGCACGAGAGCACGAGCUACCUCGAGUGCUUCAAGGGCUCCAACCUCCGCCGUACCGAGAUCACGACCGUCGCGUGGGCGUGUACCGUCUGGGCUGGCGCGUCGUUCGCCAACCACCCCGAGUACUUCUUCACGCAGGCCGGCAUGUCCACCUCGCAGUCGUUCAAGGUCACGCUCGGCCUCCGUGCGCUCGGCUUCCUCGGCACGCUGGGCUCCUGGGUCCUUAUGUCUCACUUUGGCCGCAGGCAGAUGUACCUCUUCGGCCUCUCAGCCGACGCCAUCAUCCUCCUCCUGGUCGGCAUCCUGGCGAGCACGACGCACACGCAGGGCGCCGUCUGGGCCCAAGGCGCGCUGGUCAUGCUGUGGGUCUUCUUCUGGGACCUGAGCGUGACGGUCACGGCGUACGCUAUCGUCGGUGAGAUGUCGUCGACGCGCAUGCGCGCCAAGAGCGUCGGGCUCGCGCGUAACCUGUACAAUGUGUGCGGUAUCGGUGCGGGAUACAUUAACACGUACUCGAUCAACGCGACAGCCUGGAACUGGAAGGGCAAGGCCGCGUUCCUCUGGUGCGGUACCUGCUGCCUCUCGCUCGUGUGGACCUACUUCCGCCUCCCCGAGGCGAAGGGACGCUCGUUCCGUGAGCUCGACAUUCUUUUCGAGCGCGGUGUGCCCGCUCGUGACUUCAAGAAGACGGUCAUUGCCGACAACGAGGAGAAAUAG